CAAAUCAACAAGACAAAACAAAACACUCAUUUAGGUAGCAUCAUCGUUGUGUUAUUUUUUUCAUUCAAUUGGUUUAAGAAAAAUCACGAACGGUAAAAAACGAAAAUGGAAGAGCUACGGAAACUGGAGAAAGUGCAGAGGAUGGUUAAAUUCAUGGACUCGCGUGGCGUUUCAGUAUCAAACUCCGAUCACCACUGUAACCGCUUCCUGGCUAAUUUCAUGCUCUUUUUGUUAGAACCAUGCGGAGAACUCGCCAUCGCCGACAAGUGCUGCUUGAUUUCUGAGCUUAUACCUAGGCUUUCAUCUCCGUUUGUGGAGGAUGCGUAUCAACACAUUGUCACAGAACAAGAGAACAGUGGUUUUGAACCAAUUCUUGUUGGAAGUUCACUGCGAAGUUGCAGUCAGAUGAAAGAAAACAAUUUGUUGCAAAAUUGUAAUAAAAACAUAGCCAUGAUCGGGCUGGAUUCCAUGCAAAAGGCAAAUUCUACCCUUGAAGAUUUUUGCAGAUCAUAUUUUAUGUUUCAUGGAUUGGAUGUAAGCAGGCCGCAAUCAGUCUUCAAAUACUUACCUAUUCUUUCAUUCACUGAGAGCUAUAUUUAUCAGCUGGAUAAAAUGAAUGAGAAUUUGCUGCAAACACCAAAAAGGAAAUAUGAGAAAGCAUCUCAAGAUUUGUUUUCUUGCUUCUCGACCGACCCAUUUGGACCACUUGUGACUAUUUUUGAGCAAAGGGGUCUUUUGACUGAAAGAAUAUCUGAAGAGCUUAAACAAGGGGAAGAGUACUGGGCUCUUGAAAGAAAGCUCUGUCAUGCACUGAUAAACGAAGAAGAGAUUCUUAUUGAUGAUGUGAUGAAGGCUAUUCAUUUAAAGUCGUUUGAUUAUCGAGUGCUUAAUCUUCUUCUCUAUCAACUGCAAGGAGCUAAGGCUGAGGAGUUGCAUAUGGAGUUUCUUUCAAUUUCAGAGUUCUUAGUGGAAGUUUCUGAUGAUCUGUACGACUAUGAGGAUGAUGUUUUAGAAAAUAAUUUCAAUGUUUUACGCAUGUUUAUCAGAAUAUAUGGAGCUUCAACUGCCCCUGCUAUGUUGGCGAAGUGCAUUACUGAGGCUGAGAGCAAGUACACCAGUUUACUGGAAUUACUGCAUCCGAAGCUCUCUCUGAGCUAUCAGAAAAGAUGUGCAGAAGCCACUAAAGAAGGUGGGAAGGUAUCAGGCAACCCUCUUGGUACGUGGUGUAUUCCAACCGUGAUUCAAGAUGAGGAAUUGUAUAGAUCAAACUUGAAAUCACAUACUUCCUAAAUAUAAACUUAAUGUGUGUCAGAGGUUCACAGAUCAGUUGGAACCUAAUGGAGGAACAAGUUGCUUAGGAAUUUCCUGUAGAGGAACAAGAUGCAUUAACAUUGCAUGUAGCUGAAGAACUCUUGCAAAAUGGACUGUAUAAAUUUCGAGCACCAUAUCCGUUCAACUUCAAAACAUACAUUGCUGGCUGAUUGCAUUAUUAUUAGGCGGGGAGAUGAUGAUUUUCCCAGAGCAGUUUUGUUCUCUAUCUUUGUAUUUUAAUUAUGAAAUCAAAGUACUAAUGAAGUUGGUUGUUCUAAUUAUCUUUGUAAGGGUAUGAUUUUGCUAAUCUAAAUUGUUUUAGCAUAAAAAAUGGUGCGAGAGGAAAGUCAACAAUUAGAAUGAUUUUCAAUUUUGGUUCCAAUCUUUCAUGGGAUAGAUAGCACAAAACCAAAAUCUGCCAUUUCUCUGCCAUUUUGCUUCCAUUCAUUUGUACUCAUGUUAGCUGUUACGACUUGCUUGAAGGAGAUUGACUAUAUCAAAUUGUUGAAGUUAUAUAUCAUUCAUUUGGUUCUUGUAAAUAUUAAUAAAAUUAUAGAAUAAACAACCAAUUGGUCUAUUUUUUUUUUUUUUUACAAGUCAAUUAGUCAUAGAACUCUCAUAUUCGGUAGCCAAACUAUAACCAAAGAAUAAAUGUUCAUAAAGUAUUCAUCAAUCUAC